AUGGUUUCCCUCUUCUUCCUCUGCAAACAUCACUUCGCCCCCUUUCUACUGUUCUUCCUGUCCCUCAGCGACUGCUUGAUUGCUUUCCAGAUCACUGGCGCCCUGGGAGGCGUCAAUUCGACCACGGGAGCACGACCUCUGAGAUACGAGAUCCAUGAUUUUGCAAACUCAGGCCCUGCUUUCGAUUUGUUCAUACUCGCUUUGAUCGAGCUCCAAGAAGUUGACCAGUCAGAAGAGCUGUCUUACUUUCAAGUCGCAGGAAUUCAUGGCUUCCCUCGAAUCCCGUGGGACGGUGUCUCAGGCAAUGGUAGCUAUCCAGGAUUUUGCACGCACGCUGCAACUCCAUUUCCCACCUGGCAUCGACCGUAUGUGGCAUUGUUCGAGCAACUGAUCUGGCAGCAUGCCCAAGACAUUGCUAGCGACUAUCCCGAUGACCAACGUGAUGAAUAUUCGAGUGCCGCUCUCACUUUGCGGGCUCCUUAUUGGGACUGGGCUGUUUAUCCAGCAUUGCCUGACGUGGUUGCGGAGCCUCAAAUCUCCAUCAACACUCCGAACGGGCGACAAACAGUGAACAAUCCUCUCUACACCUAUGUCUUUCAGUCUAAUGCUGCAGGCAAUGGAUUUCCUCUUUCCGACCCGAUGGCCAACUUUUCCGAAACUGUUCGGUGGUGGAGUCCAGACACACAAUCUAGCAAUCAAAGCGCAGCUACGGCGGCGUUGCUGGCCAACGCUCCUGCCAUUCAAUCGUUGACGUAUCAGAUGUUCACGUCUGUCGCAAAUUACACAACGUUCUCAUGCACCUGGCCUGGGGGCCAAUGGCUUACCGCGAACAAUAUUGAGUCGAUUCACAACAGCAUCCACAACAGCAUAGGAGGAUUUGGUCACAUGCAAUUUCCAGAAGUUGCAGGCUUCGAUCCUGUCUUCUGGUUGCAUCACGCCAACGUUGAUCGUCUGUUUGCCAUGUGGCAAGCGCUGUAUCCGGACAGCUACAUCGAGCCGACCGUGAAUGCAUAUGGAUCGUACUACGAGACUGUUGGGUUUGUCGAUUCGGGAACAACCGCUUUGGCGCCCUUUCAUUCUGAUGCUGGCAGCGCGUUGUUUACCUCUGAUGACGUCCGCAGUACCAAGACGUUUGGCUACAGUUAUCCGGAACUCCCAGACUGGGAGAUGAGUCCAGAUGAGCUAGCUAACAACGUACGGACUGCAGUCAAUUCGCUCUACAACCCGUCAUCAAACAGCACAAUCAGCACCGCGACAAGAAGGACCAGGCGAAGAUCACCGAGCAUAGCCGAGAGUUUUGGCCAUGUUUCGCUUGAUUUGGCCAGGCAGCUCCGUGUUAAUAACCUCAACAGGCAGUGGUCAAUCACUGUACUUAUUGAUCGGUUCCCGCUUAAUACGAGCUUCUGCAUUGACUUCUUCAUGGGCGAUCCGCCGGAUGAGGUGUCUGCUUGGCCUGCAGCACCAAAUCUCGUCGGCACCUAUGCCCAGUUCAAUCCCGCCAACGUCACGAUGCUCCAUCCCAAUGGAUUCCCUGAAGGACAAGUGCGUGGCGAGAUCUCAGUGACCCACACCUUGGCCGCAGGCGUGUCGAGAGGUGUUCUUCGAGACCUUUCACCACGGUCGGUUGCGCCCUUGCUUCGACAAGCUUUGAGUUGGAGAGCUCGAACUCCGGCUGGUGAGGAAGUACCGAUUUCUGCGCUUUCUGGACUUUCCAUAUCAGUCUCCACGCGGCCUGUGGUUCCUCGUAACACGGAAGAUGCUUUUCCGGUGUACGGAGCAGUGCAAUGGCUUCCUGGCGUUACAGAAGGGAAACCAUGCGGCGUACCGAGGCCACAUGUACAGGACAUGUUCUGA